AUGGCAGACGCCGAAGCUGAACCCCAGCCUGAAGCCACGCCGCCGGCCGAAGGAGAACAGCCUGCAGAACCUGCCGCCGAGGAAGGUGGAGCGGAAAAACCCGCCGAGGAAAAUGCGAACGAAGAAGCCGGAGGGGAUAACGAUGCUAAAGACGGCGGCCAAGCGGAAGAGAAAAAGGACGAGGAGAAACCGACUGAAUCUACGGAUGACAAGACUAGCGACGAAAAGAAAGACGAAGAGAAAAAAAUCGAAGAAGAGGAGCAGGGCUGCUGUUGUGUAUUAGUGUAA